AAAAAAGGAAGGCUUCAAAAGUGAAGGCUGAGAAAUCAAACCAAACCCUUAAAGCCACCUUUGAUGCGUUCAAAAAGUAGAAGGCAUCCAUGCGUGAUACAGUUCUUUUUCAAAUUGGAAAGUGUAGAAAAGUGGAAAAUUUCCCUUUUGCAGGGCAGUGGGGUGGGGACGCGGGCACUCCUGGGUGCUGUGGAUUUGGGCAGCGGCUGACUUUCUCCUCUGCUACGAAAGGGAGGUCUUUCAGGGGAAGGCAGCCUUCGCUUCUUUGCUUGGGCUGUGUUUUAUUCCUCUGAGUGAAUUCUAUUUUGAGCUGAGUCACAAGUCAAGAGUGAAUACAAAUCUGAUUGACUCCGAGGACCCGAGGCUCAAAUUGAGGGAUGGGGCUUUCCCAAGUUGUAAGGGAAAAUACCUCAUUUUAGUUUUUUCUCCCAUUUAACAUAAACAUUUACUUACGUUUUGCUUUCUAGCAUCUCUUAAUAUUUCUCUUGCCUCACACUGUGUGGCUGUCCCAGCAACUGAGCGAGGCUGGAGGCGCAGGAGGACCAAGUUUGACAAAUAUCAAUACAUGAUUCUUAUAGAGGCCUUCAAAAUAGACCCUUAUCUUGGAAUUACUGUCAGAGAAGAACUGGCCAGAAAAACACAGAUUCCCGAGCCACGAAUCCAGGUUUGGUUUCAGAACCAGAGAGCUCGUGUACCGAAGGGAAGCCAGAGGAGGCCCAGCGUGGAGACAGCCUGGGCGCAGGCCGUGAUGCCAGGCUCCGGUCAGCCUGGGCUACUGGCCCCCAACUACUCCUGCCAGCAGGGCUUCCCGGGGGUCCCGAGCAAUGUGGACAGCUUCUGUUGGGAAUUGGAGGUCGCUUCGGGCCAAGCUCGUCUCUGGGGGGACGCUGGUGUCCCGGGCGCGAAUAUGGCCCCUGCCGACCUGGAGGUGGCAGCCAGCGCGCAGGGCCAGCCCUACAGAGACGUCCCGUGCUGUCCGCCCUCGGGCUCAGCGCUGCUUCCAGGUCCCACUUGCCACCAGCCUUUCCCACAGCUGGAAGCUGGCAGUGCUGGGCCUCAAGUUCGUCCGGGGGCACCGGGCCUGCCCCCCGCGCUCGGGGCGGAGCAGCAGCCGAGCUGGGGCUGGCAGCCGGGGGAGGCGCCCGGGUGCGCCGGGACCUGGGAGGAGCCCUCUCCGCUGCAGCAGCUCUGGCCGCAGCCGCAGCCGUCGCAGGGCCCCGCGGAGCGCUAGGAACAGGCUGGUUCUCCUCCUCCUGAACCCUGCCCGCGCCGGAGGCCCAGCACCCCCGCCCCAGCGGCCGCUGCGGGGUCUGCACCUCUGGGGACUGCGCAGGAAACUAGUGGAAAUGACCUCCCAGUGUCGAGCGAUGGGAGGCAGAUGAACUAACCUAGGGCUCAUCGCGAGAGUUCACAUAUGAAAACUGAAGAGGAAUAUCACGAUUUAUAUAACUGUUAUGGAAAGGCUUCCGGACAUACUUUUCAGGGAAAUGAAGUUGUUAGGGUGGGAGGGCCUCGGGGUGCAUGGGAGCUAGAGACUUGCCUUAGAUGGGAUAAAAAAGGAUAGACUUGAUAAAUUCGUCGGUCCUCCCACUUACUAACCGAGUAAACACGGAGCACUUACAAUGUACAAAGUCCACUAGAGAGAAGGGGUGCGGCAGGAUGAGGUCGGCUUUGUAGAAAUGUAUUACAUUGUAUCAGUAAAGAGCAAUGAUUUCCACUCUG